GACUGUUGCCCUCUUCCCCAGCAAAGACAGGGGGGUCACGUGAAGAUUGCUGAACAGGUAGGAUGGGAGAAAGCGCGCUCGAGUUCCCAACAAGGCGCCAAAGAAGGAUAUAUAUUAGUAAAAGCUACCUUAUGUAUCUUCAUUUCAGUACUCACAACAAUUAUAAGUGAUCACUCCCAUGUACCUAUAGGUAAGUACUUCACGAUAUACUGACAAAAGUCGAGCAAACCGACGCGCUACUAUUCCCCUCCAGUCCCAUCCAUCACCCAACAUCGAAAUCCGAUCUCAUAACUUCUCCGUGCUGCUCUCCGACUCAGUCGCUACGUCUAUACCAUAGCCCUCACGAAUACGCCUGCGCUCUCUUAGGGAGGGCGCCUCCGAUCGAAGAUGACGUCCAACGAUGUGCGCGAUAUGCUGGAUCUACCAGGCAAUGUUGGUCCGCGCCCAGCCAAGAAGCAAAAGAUCGCAGCCCCCAAGUCGACUUUAAAGGGCCUUGCGCGCGAAGUACAGAGCCUGGGAGGCGACAACCCUAUUGCGAUCGUUCCCGAGGUCACAGCAUUCAAGAAGAGACGAUUUGCCAGUCGCAAACCAGCUGCGAAGUGGGAGUUCAAGCCGUUCAAAAAUUCUGCUAGGAAGGAUGAUCUCAUCUUGCGACAUUGGAGGAGGAAGACCGAGGCACCGCCUGCGCCGGCUGGGCAGGAUGGCAAGACGGAGCAGGCAAAUGCUCAGGCCGAAGCAGAGAUGGACGAUUCUACGUUUGCAAAGUUCAAUGUGCGGGUUAAGGUUCCGACGUAUGACGAUGAGCAGUACAAAUUAUACCUUCAGAGUGAGGAUUGGUCGAAAGAUGAGACGGAUUACCUGAUGGGACUGGCACAAGAUUUUGAUCUGAGAUGGCCGGUGAUAUGGGAUCGAUACGAAUAUCAGCCCCCAAUGCCAGACAUGGAAGGUGUUGAGGGCGCUAUAAUGACUGUCCCAAAGACAAGAAGUCUAGAGGAUUUGAAGGCGCGAUAUUACAAGGUAGCUGCCGCAAUGAUGAUUGUCCACAAACCUCAGGAUAAGAUGAUCAGUUCGGAGUUUGCUAUGUACGAGACGAUGUUAAGCUUCAACCCGGCGCAGGAGACCGCCCGUAAGAAGUUUGCUGAGAACGCCUUUCAUCGCACGAGAGAUGAGGCCAAGGAGGAAGAGAGUCUUCUACUGGAGCUCAAGCGCAUCCUGGCGAGGUCAGACAAGUUGAAUGAGGAGAGAAGAGAGUUGUAUGCCCGUCUUGAAGCGCCACCGAGCACGGGCAAUAUCGGAAUCUACAGCUCGAGUCAAGGGUUACAAUCACUGCUCCAACAACUUAUGACUGUAGACAAAUCGAAGAAGCGUCGGUCUCUGAUGGCUCCCGAAGGUGCCAGCCCCGCUCCUGGAGGCUCAAAUCUACUGCAGCAGGGCAAUCUCGAUCGCCGAGAUAGCAGCGUUCGGGAAUCUAUGUCCGUGGCCAGCGCCUCUAACGGCAAGAGAGGAGGAACCGCACCGGGUCCCACCGAGCGUCGUCAGCUCACUGAGGAAGAGGAGAGGACCUAUGGUGUCUCUCACCCUACCGACCGCCUCACCAGCGGCCCCCUCUUCCGCUACGAGAAGCUCUCCAAACCUGUCACCACCAAGUCCACGGCGCAGCAGAUGAAGAUCACCAACACGCUCAACGAACUCGGCCUCCCGCCGCGACUGAUCAUGCCCACCGCCGACACGGGUGUCGUCUACGAAAGCCUGAUCGAGUCCAUCAUCCGCAUGCUCCAGUACCGCGCCCUCUCCGACAAGCUGAGCGGUGAGAUCGCCAUCGCCAAGGCGCAGAAGGCCGAAAAGGAGAAGCGCGAGAGGGCUGCGCGGGGAGAGCCGGAGCCAGGUGCUGGGGAUGCGGCGGCUCAGGAAGAGGAUCACGAUGAUGAGGUCAAGGUGGAGGAUGGCGAGAGGCAGAAGAGCGUCGCGCCUAGUGUGAAGAGCGACAAUGCCCAUAAGCGGAGCGCGAGCGUCCUCAGUUCUGUCAGCGAUAAGAGCACGAAGAGGCAGAAGAAAUAAUAGGUAAUGCAGCUUGGACUCGGGGAUGCCGUUUGCAAGAUUCCUUGCUUGUAUUAUUAAAAAUACCAAGGACUUCCUAAUACUGCCCCUCUUCUGAUCUUGCCCUGGUGAAAUUCUGAUCUUCAUCAUAGACUGGCCAAGUGAUUAUGCCUCCACUGCGCACUUGGUACCGGUAGUGAAGGGGAGUUCCGAUUUCUGCGUACGCGCAUAUAGAGUUAUGGUAUUUCUAUGUCGGGCAGGAUCGAAAUCUCUCAAUAACAGGGGGAUUUCUCGUGGUUCACGUAAAGAAUUGUGACUUUGCCAUAACACCUACCGAAUAGUGGGGGCUGGUAUCACUUAAACUCAAACCACGUCGUACAUUAUGGCC